AUGUCUCCCCGCAACAACAUCCCGCAGUUGCGCGACGUGUUGGGCUAUCCCACCUCUCCCCCAACUUCACCGCUCCUCAAACCUCCCCCCGUACCUCCUCUGCACCCACGUGAAUCUUCCCCAGACAUACCCCUCGGCGAACUGCAAGCUAACCGGUAUCCGCCUGAAGCCAAGCGCAAAGCGACGACCGACCCUCCCAACGGCUCUCCGAAGCGCAUAAAGCAGGACCCCUCGACACCCUCUGCUGCCGACGAUGCCCCCGCGCCCCCCGCGAAACGCAUAGUACCAUUCCCGGAGAAACCUGCUGUCAUAGAAGAGCGCAAUGGGGAGAUUGAAUUCAGAGUGGUCAACAACGAUGGGGAGAGGGAGAGCACCAUCAUCUUGACGGGCUUGAAGUGCAUUUUCCAGAAACAGUUGCCUAAAAUGCCAAAGGACUAUAUUGCGCGCCUCGUCUACGAUAGAACACAUUUGAGCAUAGCAAUUGUGAAGCAUCCUCUAGAGGUUGUAGGUGGCAUUACAUACCGCCCCUUCGACAAAGGCCAAUUCGCCGAAAUCGUCUUCUGCGCCAUCUCGUCGGACCAACAGGUCAAGGGCUAUGGUGCCCAUCUCAUGUCGCAUCUCAAAGACUACGUCAAAGCCACCUCGCAGGUCAUGCACUUCUUAACCUACGCCGAUAACUAUGCUAUUGGCUAUUUUAAGAAGCAAGGAUUUACCAAGGAGAUCACUUUGGAGAAGUCAAGAUGGAUGGGUUACAUUAAAGAUUACGAGGGCGGCACUAUCAUGCAGUGUAGCAUGGUUCCCAAGAUACGGUACUUGGAAAGCGGUAGGAUGCUUUUGAAGCAGAAGGAGUGCGCCAACGCGAAGAUCAGGGCUGUGAGCAAGAGCUACGAAGUCCAUGCGCCGCCAGCACAAUGGGCAAAGGGGGAGCUCAAAGCCAUCGACCCUCUGACCAUACCUGCAAUCAAGAACUCAGGUUGGUCACCUGUCAUGGACGAACUCGCUCGUGCACCCCGCCACGGACCAAACUACAACGCUCUCCUCCAUCUCCUCAACGACAUGCAGAACAACAGCAACGCCUGGCCUUUUCAACAGCCUGUCAACAAGGACGAGGUGCUCGACUACUACGAUGUCAUCAAAGAACCCAUGGACCUCGCCACCAUGGAAGAGAAACAUGAGAAGGAUCUUUAUCCUACUCCCGAGGACUUCAUCAGAGAUGCUAAGCUCAUCUUUGAUAACUGCCGAAAAUACAACAACGAAAGCACGCCAUAUGCCAAAGCCGCAAAUAGGUUGGAGCGAUAUAUGUGGCAGCGGAUACGUGAUAUUCCAGAGUGGUCGCAUCUAGAAGGCGAGUUAACAGGAAAGUAG